AUGUCACCCCCGGCGAAGAACACGCGCCUCGCAUCCCUCGACGUCGCCCCGCUCCUCUCGCGGGCGCCCAAGGGGGACAGGAUACGACUGAAGUGGGACAUGGCUUGCGACGGGCUCCAGUCGUACGACCGAUCCCUCAAGACGCACAUCGCGUCCUCCGUCUGUCUGGGCGACCCAGCCCUGUCCACUCCCACCCCUUCCCUCAUCAUCACCAUCGCCGGCGCGCCGUAUCCCUACACCAUACGCGUGGACCGGAGUCCCCUCCCCACCGCACCCCCCUUCGUGACGGUGCGCGACGUCCUCCAGGCCGUACAUGCCCACCUCGGCGAGACCAUCACGCCCCAAGAAAUGCAGAGCGCCGCGACGCAGACUGACGUCUGGAACGCAGCGUUGGCGACCUGGCGGCACAGGACGAACGGGGACGCCAUGAGGAGGAUGCGGAGGAUCGACUUCCUGGGCGGGCGCACGGUCUUUUUUGGACUCGCGUCGGCGGGUCCGGCUCGGGUACUAGGGAAGUCUGAGCUACCGAGGCUCGAGUUGCUGGUCGGCAAACGCGAGUCAUGA